AUGUCACCUGAUUCUCAUCGUGGAGACCUGCUCGAUCACAUCAUGAAAGAAGCGGAUAAUGAGAAGUUCCUGACAGAAGAAUUCAUAGUUCAACUAAUGUACAGUCUUAUCUUCGUCUUUUCUGAUUCCCUAUCAACAACAUUGGCAUUGGCAGUCACAUUACUUCACGAGCAUCCUUUGGCAUUACAGGAAUUAAUUGCUGAGCAUGAAGCUAUCCUCAAAAACAAAGAGAACCCCGAUUCCCCACUCACAUGGAGCGACUAUAAAUCAAUGACUUUCACACUUCAGGUAAUCAAUGAAACUCUUAGGUUGGCAAACAUUUCUCCGGGACUAUUUCGCAAAGCAACUGAAGAUAUCCAAUUCAAAGGAUAUACAAUUCCUGCCGGGUGGCCAAUAUUAAUUGCUGCUCCUGCUGUGCACUUGAACUCCACCAAAUAUGAGGAUCCACUAACAUUCAACCCAUGGCGCUGGAAGGAGCUGCAAUCAACUUUUAUAACCAAAAGUUUCAUGCCGUUUGGGUUCGGUUUGAAGCAAUGCGCAGGAGCAGAAUAUUCUAGGGUGUUAUUGUCAACUUUCCUUCACACCUUGGUCAGCAAAUACAGAUGGACAAAAGUGAAGGAUGUCAAAUUUGUGCGAGCCCCUAUUUUAAAGUUUCCCAAUGGCUUUCAAUUCAAAAUCUCUGCAAAGAACAACUAA